GGAAACUUUCAAGUGGUUUUGUUGGCAGUCCGUGGUUUUGGUUGUAAACAACAUAACCAAACAUUUUUCGUUGUAGAUAUUCCGGACUAUUUUGUUGUUUCUUUUAUAAAUAAAUACAUUAUGAGUGCGGAAAUAUUGAAAAAAUCUCCUAUAAAAAUGAAAGAUGAAACCGGCUCUGAACCAUCGCACCCGAUUACUAAAAAAGGGAUUCUCACGUCGUUUAAGACAGGAAAACCCAUGAACAUUCCAGAUUCUGAUGUGCUGGGACGAUGCAGAUUUGUGUCCGAGUUUGAGAAACUAAAUCGGAUUGGGGAGGGUACCUAUGGAAUUGUUUAUAGGGCAAAAGAUACAGUGUCAGACAAAAUUGUGGCCCUUAAAAAGGUAAGAAUGGAUUUGGAAAGAGAUGGAAUUCCAGUGAGUAGUUUGAGGGAGAUACAAGUAUUAUUGAACUGUAGGCACGAAAAUAUUGUUCAUCUUAAAGAAGUUGUGGUUGGGAAGAGUUUGGAAAGUAUAUUUUUGGCCAUGGAAUAUUGUGAACAAGACUUGGCAUCCUUGCUUGACAAUAUGCAGGUGCCUUUUACUGAGUCUCAAGUAAAAUGCAUCAUGUUACAAGUUUUGAGGGGGUUACGAUAUCUUCAUCAUAACUUUGUCGUUCACAGGGACUUAAAAGUCUCCAACUUACUUAUGACUGAUAAAGGGUGUGUUAAAAUAGCUGAUUUUGGCUUGGCCCGUUGGUUUGGUGUUCCUCUCAGAGCAAUGACUCCCCACGUUGUCACUUUAUGGUACAGAGCCCCGGAAUUGCUAUUGCAGGCCCCCACACAAACAACAAGUGUUGACAUGUGGGCAGCCGGGUGUAUUUUGGGCGAGUUAUUGGGCCACAAACCUCUCCUACCUGGUCAUUCGGAAAUCCAACAGCUGGAGUUGAUUGUGGAUUUGUUGGGAACGCCUUCUGACGUUAUUUGGCCUGGAUUCAGCCAGUUGCCGGCCCUACAAAAUUACUCGCUGAAACAGCAGCCGUACAACAACUUGAAGCAGAGGUUUCCGUGGCUGUCGGCUGCCGGUUUGAGGUUGCUGAAUUUCUUGUUCAUGUACGAUCCGAAGAAACGCGCUACAGCGGAGGAAUGCUUGCAAAGUAGCUAUUUUAAGGAGCCCCCGCUACCUUGUGAUCCCAAGUUGAUGCCCACAUUCCCGCAACAUAGAAACAUUAAGGGCACAAAGAAUCCCGCCGAAUCCGCCAACACUGGGGCGGGAGAUCAAACAAAUAAUUUGCCCGCAAUUUCAGAUUUGCUUGGAUCCAUUGUGAAAAAAAGAAGAGUAGAAUAAUUUUAUUUUGGUUUGUAUGUUUAGGUCCCUUUACAAAGGAAGUUAUGUUGUGUGUAUGAUGCACUUUGUAUGUAUGCAAG